AUGCCCGAUGUAAUUGAAAAUCCGACUAUAGAUGAACCGAUUCCUACAGUGAUCGAUGGGUAUGAAGCAAAAUUCGGAAGGUCGUCAUUUUUUCCCAAGACCAAACUUCGACGUCAAUGGUGGAAAGAAUCUAUUGCAUAUCAAAUCUAUCCAAGAUCAUUUCAAGAUUCCAAUGGUGAUGGAAUCGGUGACAUCGGAGGGAUUAUACAAAGACUGGAUCAUAUUAAAGAUCUCGGCGCUGAUCUCAUCUGGAUUUGUCCGAUUUAUAAAAGCCCAAAUGAUGACAAUGGAUACGAUAUAUCUGAUUAUAAACAAAUAAUGGAUGUUUUCGGUACAAUGGAAGAUGUCGAUAGACUUAUUCAAAGUGUUCAUGAAAGAAAGAUGCGCAUUAUUCUUGAUCUGGUCAUGAACCAUACCAGCGAUGAACAUCCUUGGUUUAUUGAAUCUCGAUCGUCCCGUACGAAUCCGAAACGUGAUUGGUAUAUAUGGCGAGAUGGUAAAGCGGGUGGUUUGCGUCCGAAUAAUUGGGAAAGUAUUUUCAAUGGCUCCGCUUGGGAGUACGACAAAGAAACAGACCAAUAUUAUUUACAUUUAUUUUCACGUAAAAUGCCCGAUCUUAAUUGGGAAUGUAAAGAACUACGAGAAGAAUUGUAUAAUGUUACUUGUUGGUGGCUUGAACGAGGAAUCGAUGGAUUCCGUAUUGAUGCUGUGUCACACAUCAAGAAAAAGCCUGGAUUGCCUGACUUACCCAAUCCAAAACAUUUGGAAUUCGUCUCCUCGUUUGAUUAUCAUAUGAAUGUUGAAGGUAUCGAAGAGCACUUGCGUGAAUUUAAAAGUGGUACAUAUGGUAAAUACGAUGUGGUCAGUGUGGGUGAAGCCAAUGGUGUUGGCGCAGAUCAAGCAAUCGAUUGGGUAGACGAAGAAAAUGGGUUAUUUAAUAUGAUAUUUCAAUUUGAAGGUACUAAUCUCUGGGAAAAAACAUUGGGCACUUUAGAUGUGCUGGCAUUGAAACGUAUUAUGACUCGAUGGGAAAAAGCCUUGGAAAAAAACGGUUGGAACGCUCUGUUCAUUGAAAACCAUGAUAAACCACGAAUAGUUUCGACGUGGGGCAAUGACAAAGAAUAUUGGCGAGAAUGCGCAACUGCUUUUGCCACUUUCUAUAUGCUUAUGAUGGGAACACCAUUCAUUUAUCAAGGACAAGAAAUCGGUAUGACUAAUGUACGUUUCCCAUCAAUUAAUGAUUAUCCCGACGUGGCCGCUAAAAGUUUCUACAAUCUUGAAUUAGCGAAAGGUAUCGAUCAUAACGAAAUCAUGCAAAUUAUCUAUAUCACUGGCCGUGAUAAUGCUCGUACGCCUAUGCAAUGGGAUGAUUCAUUAAACGCUGGUUUCACUACAGCUCAACAGUCCUGGAUUGGUAUCAAUCCAAAUUACGUACGAAUAAAUGUCGCUCAGCAGGAAAAAGAUGAAAAUUCAGUAUUGAAUUUUUAUAAACGUCUCAUCCGUUUACGAAAAGAAAACGAUGUCUUCAUAUACGGGGUCUAUGAUUUGAUUCUUUCAAGUCACCAACAGGUCUAUGGGUACACACGAACAUCGGAUACAAGACGAGCUUACGUUCUGACAAACUUAACCGAUCGUGUAGCACAGUUUACGCUGUUUCAAGGCUUAUCAUCGUCACAAUUAGUACUUUCGAAUUUGAUUGAGCCGAUACCCGAACACCAGGAUCAAGUGUCUUUCAAAUUUCAUCCAUAUGAAAUUCGGAUAUAUAUCAUUGAUUAUAAGAGGAAAGAAACUCGUCGCCACUCAUCGGACAGGAAGAAAUCGGUUACAAUUGCUUCUACAGAUAUUCCUGUAGCUUCUAAUGAGACAGCGGCCGGUGCGAGUUUAACAAAACGACAAAAGGCAGCACUAGAAAAACUUGAACAAAUGUCGAUCAAAGCGCUCAAUCAAGACAAUCAAAAUAAAAAAGAAAUCAUCAAAGCCGCGGCUGUUGCCACUAAAAAAGUUUUAUCCGACGCGAAAUCUGCCACUACGUUAAGAACUAAAGCGGCUUCGGAAACGACCGUUAGCGACGAAAGUAUACCUGCGGAUAGUCCAGUAAUCGAUCUGGAGAACGAGCCCAUACAAAAGAAACGCGAACGACAGCGAUCACUUGUAUUGAACCUAGAGCAUGUCACGCCUAUUGUUCUGGCAGCUUCAUCUGAGCACAACUCAUGCGAACAGCUUCGUCGAUCAUUUUCAUCACAUACAUCAUCAAAGCCUUCUUUGAAAGGACAUCAUGCCGAUAGUUCAUCAUCAUCAUCAUCAGAAGAAGAAGAAGAAUUCCAAGAGAAAGAGACCACAUCGACCAGUGAAUUUGAAGAAGAAACUAGCACAAGUGAUAGCAAAGAUAUUGACUAUGCUGUCUUGUAUGAUGAUACAAUCGAAGACUUCAGUUACACAAGUGCGCGUGAACAAGCGAAAAAGCGUCUUCUGCGUAGCCAGCAGGAAAUCAUGUUACAGCAAAUCAAAGAACAAGAAUAA